UCUUCUCAAGCUCAGUGUUGGUGGAGGAGUCUUAUCAGAUUAACUGGUUGUUCAGGAGAGUGUAUAAAUAUUGGACAAACUGUGAAGGUCAGAACAAACGUGCACACAGAACCACAGAGCUCAGGAGCCAUGGCGAUGUUUGGGAAGGUUUUGGAGCCAGUGGGCUACAUGCAAACUGUGAGGGUGCUGGUUCAGGGUAUCUGCUCCUACCUGGGAGGCAGCGCCACAGCAGAGGAGAGCGAGGCGGCUAGGAAGAACCUUGACUCCAUGGACCAGGAGCUCGGAGCAGGAGGACACGGCCUGCUGGACGACCAGGAGGUCCACCGGCUGGAGGACGACCUGGCUGUGGUGUACUACCAGCUGGGUACAGCGGUGAGGGCCCAGGCAGAGUUCACUAAGAAGGAGACAGAGGUUUUCCUGCAGUACGUGCAGGACUACCGGCUGGAGAGGCAGCUGACGGCGCUUUACAACCGUCUGAUGGGGGUGUCAGCGCUGACCGACCAGCCGACCCUGCUGGAGGAGCUCAUCCUGAGCCGCAAGCCCAAACGCUGGGAGCUCAGGGAGUUCUGUGUCAAGAUCAACUUUGUCCUGGGCACCGGGCUGCUGUGCCUCUUCACGCAGGCCUCUCUGACAGGCCGCGAUCAGGCUCUGCUGAUGAAGACCUGGUCCGACCGCAUGGGGGCGCUCUACAGGAAGAUGAAGAACACGGGGGGCCGGUGCUUAGGCUACUUCCUCGAACAGGCGCAGGGCGAUGUGCGGCAUCAGCUCCAAGAGGCCGUGCAGAACCGAGCCCCCCCUGAGGAGGCGGCUGGCAGCAUCCUGAAGACCCUGGAGAAGAACUACGAUUGGCUGCGCUGGGCGGUGAUGCUCCACCCUUCAGUCGGGCCGAUGGAGGACGAGAAUGAGGAGAAAGGGGAGGAAACCCACCAAGAACAGAAGGAGGAGAAGGAAGAGAAGGAGGAAAAGGAGGAAGUUGUGCAGCAGCCGAACAACUUCAUUUCUGUGGCGUCUGAACCUCCCAUCCCCCAUGUGGUGGCGUGCUUCCGGGACGCGCCCACCUCCCUGGAUAAGAGUAGAAUCCACCAGCUCAUCGUGGAUCUGGAGUGGAAGAUCCCCAACCCGCCGCCCGAGGUGUACGCCUCCAUCGAGGAAGACCCGGGAAGAGCGCGGCGCUACCUGGCCUCCCGCAUGCUGAAGAAGCUGCAGGACGGGCUGGGGUCGGGGGUGUCUGUCCACGUGGUGCCCGGCAGGAUGGAGAUGAAGUGCAACUUCCCCCCCUGCCUCCUACUACCUCUACGAGUACAAGCACCGACUGGCCUCGGGUACCGUGUGCGUGUUUGGAUGAAAGGAAGGGGAAACGACCUGCUGUCCUCACACAGAUGUUCCAUAAUCAUAUUACAGAUCGGCUUUAUUUCUGUUGAUCUCACAGUGGCAUUAACAUGUCUUGUGUAAUAUUGCUUCCAAAUAAAUGUCAUUUAAGAGAAAAACACACACGAGAUAUAAGAGGUUUCUUUUUCAAUUCCUUUGAAGCAAAAUUCCAGUUUGUUACCACUUGAUUUAAUCGAAGGCCUUCUUAAGUUUGCCAGCACUUUGUUUCAGAAUGACUAGUAUUGGAUGGAUUGCAUUAAGAUUUGUACAAACAUGAACAGAACAGCUAGCAUCAAAGUUAUUGCUGAAAUAUGAAAACAGAGUGACAGAGCUGUAAUAAUGUCCACACAGGGUAGAAACCAUAGACUGUAGAAACACAAGUAUUCAGAUUAUCAAACAGGUGGUACUAUUUCACUUUCCCAAAGUAGCUGCAAUACAAAAUCUUAUCCCAAAAAUGAUAAAUAUAUGCUUAAAACUCAUUAAAAAAUGAAUAUGUUGUUACUGUGUCACUGGUAGGACAUGUUACUUCCCUACCAUGAUGACCAAUGUAUCACAAUCUUUUUUUCCAGUGCUUUUGAUCGAAAUCUGGAAUAACA